AUGGCGAUUACGGAAAUACCGUCUUGGAUUGCGUUGAGCCCAAGUGUGCCCUCAGCGAGAAAGCACAAUUCCACUGCUUUGGAGAGGAGCAGCGAACGUUGCUACAGCCGGCAUCGCUGGUGGUGCAUGGCUCGCGAGCGCCCGCGACGUCGGGAUGCUUCCGGUCCACCGAGUGCUCGUGACGGCCCUAAAAACGGCUAUGGUAAACCAGCUAGCUUUGCACAGAAACGGAACGGCAACGGGCAAGAAGCCUUGGCUUCACCCCCAGGUGAAAAGCGACGGCAACGUUCGGGUUCAUCUGCGAAGCUGCCGCCGUCUCCGGCGGUCGAAAAGAGCCCAGCUGAGCAGGUGGAAGCAGCGUCGGCUUCCCUGAUAGACUCGUAUCUCAUACCCGGUGACAGCGAAGCGGAGAUAGCGAAUGCUGACGCUGACUUUUCCGCUCUGGUCGCGAAUGCAAAAGUGCGGGCGAUACUGGCUGCAAACGGCAUCAACGCACCGACCUUGGUGCAGCGUCGUGCGAUUCCUCUUUUGAGAACAGGUCAGAGCGGCGUGAUUAAGGCGCCUACAGGCUCCGGGAAGACAUGGGCAUAUCUGCUACCAACGAUCGAUACUCUUUGCGAGGAGAUUGAGCGGGGCUCGGCACGAAGCGCGCCUACCUUACUCGUCAUGGUUCCGAGUCAGGAACUAGUCGUUCAGGUCGUCCGCGAAUGUGAGCGUUUUGCAUCCUUGAGCAUUCGAGCGCAGGGCCUGAUCGGCCUGACCAGUGUGGAGAGACAGCUCGAGCGCCUCCGCAAGUUGCCACCGCAGGUCAUUGUGGGUACCCCGGGACGCCUGAUCGAGGUGAUGAUCGAUCGCAGAGGUCGUAGGCUUCCCGCGGCCUCGUUCGAAACCGUGGUGCUCGAUGAGGCAGACCGCCUGCUCGAAGGUGUUCACUUAGAGGAAACAGAGCGCUUGUUGCGCCAUUUUCGCUCGCCGACGUCGUCUGGAAAGGAGCGCCAGUUUGUUUUUGUUUCGGCAACUAGCGAUCAGCCGCACGUUUUGCGAACGGCGCUACAGUGCACGCGUAAGCAACCAUUCCUACUGCGCACCGGGCAUGGUGCCGACACCAGCCAGGCACUGCUACCGAAAUCCAUCCGUCAUUUUUACCUCAAGGUGCCGGACCAUCUGCGAAUGGACACCAUUCGGAGGCUCACCUAUGCCGUCACCCGAUUGCUGGUGUCUCCCGUGGAUCCACUGAAGCAAUCCUGGGACGAUCCCGAUCAUCUCCGCACCGAGAAUCUUGAACUCACCAACGAAGCUGUGAUACAGACUCUGGUGUUCGUGCCUGAUCAACGCACGGCAGAUAUUUACGCAGAGAGACUCGAUGCACGAGGCGUCAUUGCGGCAGCCUUAUCCGGCCGCAUAGAGGGCAGCGGUCCCCGAAAAAGCAAGUUUCAACGGGCACAAGUCAUGGACUACUUUCGGAACGGCAUCAUUCGAGUGCUGGUUACAACGGAACUGACAGCUCGCGGUCUCGAUUUCCCGGAUGUGGGGCUUGUCAUCAACGCAGCGGGCUUGCCGACCGACCCCAUUCACUACGCACAUCGUGCAGGCCGGACUGGGCGUUUUCACCGCCGCGGCUGCGUUGUGAACCUGAUAUCGCAAUCGGGGCAGCAGCUCUCCAUUCUGAAUCGCCUUGUACGAGAGGUUGGAGCCGAGCUCCUCGAAGUGCAACUACAUCGCGGACUUUUGCGCUGGUCUCGUUGA